AGGAGCAUACGCUGAUCGGGCUGGGAAAAAUCAUAUUGCUUAUUGAAAAAAGUCUUUAAUUAGAGUGUAUUUAUUUUGUUUGGAGCUAUUAAUUAGGUAUUGUUUUUAAUAAGGACGUAAUUAAACAUUUACUGGUUUUUGUGGUAACUCAAUGUGAUUAUUUACCCAUCAAAAUGAAAGAAACAUGCACAAAUCGCGGCGCGCAUCGUAAAAGGUUGUUGCGUUUUGAUAAAAAUGACAAGAUACGACUUAUAGCAGCAGUGAGACUGCGACGUCUCCUCUGGGACAUGAGAGACAGCGAGCACAAGGAUCUAACGUGUGUUAAGGACGCUUGGCAAUCAGUGGGUGCUGAAAUGGGCAGAGAGGCAAACGAAUGCAAAGUCGCUUGGCGUUCAUUGCGCCAGAGUUAUCGCUAUCAUUGCAAGGCAGCCAAUAGUCGCUUCAACGUUGAUGGUGACAGCGACGAUGAUGUUGAUAAAGGCGAUGUGGAUCCACUUGAAACUCCAGAUAUUCAUUGGGAAUUUGCUACCCACAUGGACUUCUUGCAGGAAAUGUCAAGAAAGAGGUCCGACUUUGCUUUGGAUGAAACUCCUCCGACCGACUCAAUAGUGGAAGAUUACACGGAUAUGGAGUAUCUGGAAAGUUAUGACAUUGCAGAAGGUGACAAUGAAGACAACGAGCAAGAGGAAUAUCCUGCAGAAGAUGACCUCGACGAAGAUAUUUACUAUUUAACAAGUUCUUCGAAAGAAAUGCAGCAGCAACCAAAGAUAGUUAUGGAUGAAGUGUUAUGCAGAACGUGUGUUCAGCCAAUAGAAGAUGCUCAAACUUCUCAAAACCUCUUUGAACCUCACAACAACGCAAUACUGCAAGAUAUCAAGGAGCUGACAGAUCUGCUGCUAACACAAGAUGACGACCAUUCCGAUUUCAUCUGCAGUCUCUGCCAGCAACAUCUGGAGAUGUCUAUUGAAUUUCGCAGAUCAUGCAUUGACGCACAGUCUCAGAUCGUCAUCAAUGUACACAUGAAGGAGGAGUCUGAAGAAAUGGAUUAUCCAGAGUCGUUAAGCAUUACCCAAGACAGGGCAAGCGAAGCACACUUGAAAACAGAUGAAGUACGAUUAGAGGAUAUUGAUAUAUCAGAUAGUGAAGAGUAUUACGAAGAAGUUGAUGUGCAGCCAUUGCCACUUCCAACAGCACCGCCUACCAAUCCAAAGAAAUUAAAAAAAGAUGACAACACUUUGAAAUUGCAGUGUCAUGAGUGUGGAUUGACUUUCACUAGCCAAGAUCUGCUCAAAAUGCAUAUGCAUCAGACGCACAACAUGCAGCUUCAUACGAGAUUUGUGUGCAAGCAUUGUGGACAUGAUUUUAAGUACUCGGCACCGCUUGUCGAGCAUCUGAAGAGCAUCGGCGUGCAUUUUAACUACAAGUGCGAGGAAUGCGGUCAAAAGUUUCACAGCAGGCACUUCCUUAAGAAGCACAAAAGACGGAUUCAUGGUGUGGCUGAUGAGCACAUCUGUCACAUUUGUGGAAAGAACUUCACAACUGGAUUCAAUCUGCGUAACCACAUCGUACGGCACGCCGGCACUCGACCUCAUAAGUGUAAAUUAUGCAGCGCUGCUUUUUCCACAACUGCGGAACUGAAUAAUCAUAAGCGAACGCAUGACAAUGUACGUCCGUAUCCUUGCCGUUAUGCCUGUGGAAAAUCGUUUCGUCAUUGCAGCAAUCGCAGCACCCACGAAAGAGUGCAUAUGGAUGGGAGUCAGCGGCCAUUUCAAUGUGAAUAUUGUGACAAAUCAUUUGUAACCAAAGGUGACUGCAGAGCCCAUCAAAUGGUUCAUACGAUGAGUCGUGAUUACAAUUGUGAAAUUUGCGAGCAAAGCUUUAAGCUACAGAAGCACUAUCAGCAUCAUCUUACCACCAAGUCUCACAAAAAACUGGAAGCUCUUCGCAUAGUGCCCAAGAAGCAAGAUUCUAUUGGAUAAAAUAUUGCUAAGAUAAAUGUAAUCAACUAUAGUUAGCAAUGAUGUAGUUUAAUUAUAUAAGUGAUGGGAAUUUUAAAAAGCACCUGUUUAU